AUGCAGCAACAAUUCCGCGGCUACGGGCAACAUGCUCCCACUCCGCCGCGGCCUGGAUCUGGACCGCAUGGCGUCCCACCGCGCCGGGGCGGCAUUGGACCCAUGAUGUCAGCUGGACCGCACCCGCAGGCACCGCUGAGCGCGGCCCAACUCAAUCAGCAGCAUCAGGCCCAGCAGCAGGCAAACCACCUGGCCAAGCUGCGCAGCCGCAAGCCGACCGACAAGAACCUGCCUGACGGCGUCGAGGAGAUAGUGAUCGACCAUGGCUACGUGGUUGAUGCGUAUCGCCAGCUGCGCGACUUUGAGCGCAGGCUGGAUGCGACCAUGACGAGGAAGAGGCUUGAUAUUGUAGACUCGUUGAGUCGGAAUACUAAGCGUUACAAAACUAUGCGCGUCUGGAUCAGCAACACGGUCGAGGACCAGUACUGGCAGAACAAUAGCCUCAACGUCGACACUUUUGACUUCUCCUCCAACCUUGAGGCCUCGUACCGUCUCAAGAUCGAGGGCCGCUUGCUCGAGGAUGAAGAGGACCCUUCUUCCGAUGACGAUGAGCCCUCGGCCAACGGCGGCAACAAGAUGGACACCGACUCUGUUCCGGCCGCGAAGCCGGCUAAGCCUGCGAAGGCGGUGCCCGCUAAGCACGGCCAGCGCUACCGCUUCUCGCAUUUUUUUAAGGCACUCACCGUCGAAUUUGACAAGUCCCGGGUUGCUGCCGCCGCGGCGGCUGGUAGGGAGACAACGAUUGAGUGGAAGAAGCCUGAGCGGACGCCCGCUGGCGCAGCCAACCUGCCGGCGAUGGCUGACUUCGACGAGAUCACGUUCAAGCGCCCCGGGGAUGAGAACGUGAACGUGAUAAUUAACCUGUACCGGCACGAGGAUCCGGAGAGAUUCGAGCUCAGCCCAGAGUUGGCCGAGAUUGUGGAUAUGAAGGAAGCGACGCGGCAGGAGGCGGUUAUGGCGGUGUGGGAGUAUAUCAAGUUGAAUAAGCUGCAGGAGGAUGAGGAGAAGCGGAAUUUUAGGUGUGAUGACAUGUUGAAGAAGAUCAUCCCUCGCGACUCAGGCUUCAUCCCCCACCUCAACGAAUACCUCACACCGCACCUCCGCCCCCUCUCCCCGAUCAAACUCCCCUACACCAUCCGAGUCGACGAAGAAUUCCACAAAAACCCCUCCCCCACCAUCUACGACAUCCGCGUCCUAGUCGACGACCCCCUUCGCACCCGCCAGUCUUCCUCCCCAUACCUCCCCUUCCCCUCCAACCCCUCCUAUGCCACCACCCUCAAGGAAAUUGCCGCCCUCGACGAUCAAUUGGCGACACUCAUGCAGGCGGUGGCGCACUCCAAAGCCAAACAUGCUUUCCUGUCUGGUAUGGCGCGCGAUCCAGUUGGGUUUGUGAAAGGAUGGUUGAGCAGCCAAAAGAGGGAUUUGGAUAUUAUUUUGGGAGAGGCGAAUCGGGCUGGUAGGGACGGGGUUACCGGAGGGUUGGGGGCUGGCGGUGGGGAGGAGGCAGUUACGGCGGGGGAUGAGUGGAGGAGGGGCGGGAAGGAGAGUGUGUGGGCAUCGCAGAACGCGAGGGAGAGUGUUAAUGUUUUGUUGGCGAAGCAGCCUUUGGUGCUUAGGUGA